AUGGCUUUGCCGUCGAACUACAAACAAGUAGCAGCACAAAUCCCGAACGCCCAGAGCUCGAACCAUUUGCUGUCGGCGGGCGCGCCCAUGACUUUCAACAUAUUGAAAGAAAGAUUAAGAGCUUCAGGAGGCGCCGGUUCUGGUGCAGUGAAGGAAACUAAUCCUUUCGUUGCGACGCCCAACGGUCAUUCGGGUUUCGUGCCGCAGAAAAUCGGGAAAAAUGCUGCUAAAAAUGAAUCUAAAACACCGAAGCCGCCGAAAGCGCCCGAGAAACCUCUCAUGCCUUACAUGCGCUACAGUAGGAAAGUAUGGGACACCGUAAAAGCUCAGAAUGCCGAUUUGAAGCUUUGGGAAAUCGGAAAAAUCAUCGGACAAAUGUGGAGGGAUUUGCCCGAUGAUGAGAAGAACGAAUUUCAAGAAGAAUACGAAACGGACAAGGUGGAAUACGAGAAAACUUUGAAAACCUACCACAAUUCGCCCGCUUACAUCGCUUUCAUGGCUGCCAAGAACAAGGGAAAAUCGGUUACCCAAGGUGCCGAUGGUGAAACGCACGAAAGGCAAAGCAGCUCCGCCAAACAGCAAGCCGCCGAUAGAAGGAUCGAAAUCCAACCAGCCGAGGACGAAGAUGAUCAAGACGACGGGUACUCGGUGAAGCACGUGGCGUACGCGAGGUAUUUGAGAAACCACCGGUUGAUCAACGAGAUAUUCUCGGAGAGCGUGGUGCCCGACGUGAGAUCGGUGGUGACCACAGGUCGAAUGCAGGUGCUCAAGAGGCAGGUGCAAUCGUUGACAAUGCACCAGAAGAAAUUGGAGGCCGAGUUGCAGCAGAUCGAGGAGAAAUUCGAGGCGAAGAAGAGGAAAUUCGUGGAGAGCAGCGAGCAGUUUCAGGACGAACUAAAAAAGCAUUGUAAGCCCGCCGUGGACGACGAGACCUUUCAAAAAAUGGUGGACAGACAGUACGACAUGUUGAAACGGGAUAGGAGCAAACCGCAAGAAGACCAGAAGGCGAAAGUCGAUGAAAACGGUCAAUCGGAUCAUUCGGCACCUUCGACUCCUGCCCAAGAAAACGGACAAACGGAGCCUAUGGAACAAGAUCAGCCCGACAAAACGGGCCCGCCGCCUCCGCAGGACGCUCCCGCGUCGGCGGUCGCUUCGAACGGCACGAGCGAAAAACCGCAGCCGGUCGAGCACGUGCCCCAUCAUCUUCAUCACCAUCAUCAGCAGCCGCAUCACGCCGGUCCGCCGCCGCCUCCCACUCAUUACAUGCAACCUCCUCCGGCCUCGCAUCAUCCCGACCAUCAUCAACCGCCCCCUUCCGUUCAUCCAUCCCACGAACAUCAGCCGCCUCCGCAACACCAUCCCGGCGCGCACCCUCCGCCGCCGUUGCAGGGCCCUCCGCCCCAUCAGAUGAUUGGUGCUCAUCUGUCGCCACCGCAAGGACCUCAGCCGGGUCCUCAAGCGCCGCCGCCUGGACCUCCUCCGCCGCCUCUAUCGUCGACAGGUCCACAGGGACAAAUCCCGGCUCAUCAAGGACCGCCGCUGGGAGGUCCUCCUCCGAAUCACGGACCGCCGCCGCCGCAUAUGCAGCAAAACGCGCCGCCAUCUGCGCAAGGUCCGCCGCCUUCGCCGCACCAAGGACCUAUGAUGCCGCCGCCGCCGCAUCAGUACCCGCAGCAAUAUCCUCCUCCGCAAGGACCGCCUCCAAACGCCCAAUCGGUGCCGCUGCCGCCUCGUCCGCCGCACCCUGGCGGCGGUUACGCGGGCUAUCCGCCGCAACAACAGCCGUAUCCGCCGCACCCGCAAGGGCCGCCCUAUCCGCCGCCGCCGCCUGGUCCUAAUCCUGGGGGACAGUAUCCCCAUCAUCCUGGUUACUACCAUCAGCAGUACGCGCAGUAUCCCCCGCACGGGGCCGGCCGACCGCCGGUGCAUCCGUAUCCGCCGGGCGGGGCUCACAUGCCGCCUGCGGAUGGGCAACCGAUGCCCGAGGGGCAGAUGUACGGGGCGCCGCCGGCUGGGCCGCCUCCGGAGGGCGACAGGGAUAGGCAGCAAGGUGCUGCUGGUGAAGAACCGUCCGGUGAAGAGUCUAAGAUGGAUUACCGGCCUGCAGAUAAGGAAGAAAAAUGA